CUUGUUUUGAGUGAUCAGUUAUCCCAUAAUAUCUUGUACCCCUUUAUCGCUGAACUUAAUUCCUUAUUAAGUGAAAUUUCGGACACAAAACAAAGCAGAGCGGGUACCUCAUCCAUAGUUAUCUCAUCUCAUCUCAUCAUCUCAUUUACUACUAGCACUACCCAACACCUGCAUCCGAUAAGGAUCACAAACAAACGGGAAAAGGACAAAGAAAGUUAUCGCAUCCCACACCAACACAACAUAUUCUGUGCUCCGUACCUUAUUUAUCCUUUAACGGUCGAACUUCAAACAAACAAAGAAACCAUCAUCAUCAUCCUUGCCCCUGUCUACUACUAUCUAAAUAUAACAUCCUCACACAAACAACGGCAGUUAUCACCAUCCAAUCACACUUUCAGGCGAAAUACUACAUACCAACAGAGGCCUGGGCCUGUAACCAUGGCUUUACCUCAAACGCAACACCAACCGCAAGAACAACAACAGAAGACUAUUACACAACCAUCCCCGCAACCAAUAACCACAGACAUCAAAACAAAAAUGAUCAAGAAAAUAACCACACAUCCCACCCUCCCCUCUCACCGCCGUAAGAUCUACCUUGCUUUGCUAUCUGUCCCCGCAGGCCGUUGGACCACAUACGCUGCGCUUGCCAAGCAUAUUGGAACUAGUCCACGAGCAGUUGGGGCCGCAAUGCGUCUGAACCCGUUUGCACCGGAGGUACCCUGUCAUCGGGUGCUGGGGGGUAACGGGAAGCUGCUGGUGGGGUACUCCGGUGCUGAGGGGUCAGGAGGGGCAAAGAAGAAAGCGAAGGAUGGAGUGGGGAUGAAGAAGAGAAUGUUGGAGGAGGAAGGGGUUGAGUUUACUGCGGAGGGGAUGGCGAGGGGGUUGUGUUUCGAGGGGUUUGGAAUGGGUUAGUUUGCUGUCAGUAAAGUGAUAUCGAGUAUGGUUUAUCUCAUGGGAUACUUUCUCUGUUGGUAGUAUGGAGGUCUGUACAUUAUGGGAGAAUGUGUAGGAUAGCAAUGCUGGUAUCUAGUUGGUCUAGAGUGAAACGGACAAGCUCACGAGAAUUUGAUCAAAUGGCACAAAAUCCUUUCAGUUGGAUAGUCUGCCAAACUUCUAAAUCUAAUCGAAUUCUCAC